GGGAGCGAGGCUGGCGGCUGAUGAGCGCAGGCAGCAGUAUGGCGGCGGCUCUGGGUGGUUUGGGCCUCUUGCACGGCCGGUUCAGGCUAGCUGCUGCGGCCGCUGCCACCUCCUCCGCCCUUAGUCCCCGGGCUCCGGUGAGAGGAGGCGCCGCCACUUUCCCCUCAGCCGGGAGGAACUAUGGGUCGGAGGCGAAGGAAGAGGAGGAGCUGCGAGUGCAGUACCUGGAUGAAGAGCACAAAGGAAUUGUGGUGCUUGGGUUAAACAGAUCUCAUGCCAAGAAUGCACUUAACAAAAAUCUUUUAAAAAUGAUGUCAAAAGCUGUGGAUGCUUUGAAAUCUGAUAAGAAAGUACGAACUGUUAUAUUCCGAAGUGAAGUCCCAGGGAUAUUCUGUGCUGGUGCUGACCUUAAAGAACGAGCAAAAAUGCAUUCAAGCGAAGUUGGUUCUUUUGUCUCAAAAGCAAGAGCAACCAUUAAUGAGAUGGCUAAUCUUCCAGUACCAACUAUUGCUGCAAUAGAUGGAAUUGCGUUGGGUGGUGGCCUGGAACUUGCUUUAGCCUGUGACAUAAGAGUGGCAGCCUCUUCUGCUAAGAUGGGCCUAGUUGAAACGAAGCUGGCAAUCAUUCCGGGAGCAGGGGAAGGAGGAAAUAAAACAAGAAUAGAAAAAGCCCCAGAAGCAAAGUUGAACAUUAGAGGAAGUGCAAGAGGGGGAACACAGAGAUUACCUCGUGCAAUUGGAGUAUCUUUGGCUAAAGAGCUAAUCUUCUCUGCACGCAUUGUGGAUGGUGAGGAAGCAAAGUCAAUAGGAUUGAUUAGCCAUGUGGUGGAACAAAAUGAAGCAGGGGAUGCUGCAUACAGAAGAGCACUAGCUCUGGCAAGAGAAUUUUUACCUCAGGGACCAGUAGCAAUGAGAGUUGCAAAGCUGGCCAUCGAUCAGGGAAUGGAGGUUGACUUAGUAACAGGCCUAGCAAUUGAAGAAGCUUGCUAUGCUCAGACUAUUCCAACAAAGGAUAGAAUUGAAGGUCUUCUUGCAUUUAAAGAGAAAAGAUCUCCUCGCUACAAGGGAGAAUAAAAGAAGCUGAUGCCUUUAAAAUGAAAUGGGGUAUAUGUACAGAUAUGAGGACCACUAUGAUGCAUUUUGCAUCUAUGCCUAGAGAAUCAAAACCACCAAAGUUAAAGCAAAUGUUACUGAUGUUACAACAUCUUCUGUGUGUCCAUACUUGUACUGGGGCAGGAUAGAAAUGCGUGCCUACUCAUGCUCAUUACAGUGUCUGAAGGCCUUGUAUUGGCAAGGUCACAGGUUCAUGCAGCAUUUUAAAAAUUACGUAUAUCUGAAACUUACCAUUCUAUAAUUCAAAAAAGCUCUGUAAAUUCUUUAUAUAAACAAAACCUAAAUGUGAUGCGAAGUAUAAAUCUGAUUUAUCAUUUUAUCAGUAUCAAAGUGACUACCAAACACCAAAAAUAAAAAAUUGUACCAAAUAUGCAUUAAAAUGGUUCUGUAUAUCAGUAAAAAUUAUGUCUGAGUAUUCUACCUGAAUGUGUACAUUAUAAAUAAAAUGAAGGGAAAGGAAAAGGAUUAUUGUUUAGUAAAUGUCAAGCUUAAUCAUCUGACUUACAUUAUUCUUAGUAAAACGAAAUUAACUUUUGUGAGAAUAGCACACAAUGGCAUCCUUUUGGUGAAGUCAUUGCCAGUGUAUACAUUUAAUUAUAUUAAAUGAAGAUAUCUUAAAGUCCAGCCCUACUAAUGCAUUAUUGUUCUUUAAACUGGCUUGCAUUCUUCCAAAAUAUCAUCUGAUCAGUACUGUCUGCUGUUUAGGAACUUUUUUUCAAUUAUCCUAGUUAUUUUAAGUUUGUGGUGACCGUAUUAAGUAUUUUUUAUGUGGGGAUAUGACUAAUAUGCUGCUAAAGAGACUAGAAUUCUCUUCUGUAAAGGACCCAGAAUGUCCCUUUCGAAGAGUCUAAGAAUGCAUAUUUAUAUACAACAGGGAUGGUAAUGAAAUGUUCUUUGUUCUGUGGCAGCCUCAGGGCUCUUUUCGUAUUUGAAAGAGAAAUCCAUUAGGUUAUGAGGUGAGAAAACAGUUGUGAUUUGUACUGUAUAUUUGUUCUGAUUGUGGUGUAUACAACAAAUACCUGAAAAUAACCUCUUAAAAAGCAUUUUUGUUAACUUGGCUGGAAAAUAAAUAUGUCUUAGCAGUCAGAGGCUGUCUUCUUAUAGAAAACAAAUUUCUUUGCAGUUAGUUACUGUUGACUUAUGAAACUUGUGCAUGCUCUGCUUUUUCUGCGGGAUUAAUUGUGGUCAGUGUCCGUAUCUGUGAUGGUAAAGCAGCUAUUCAACAUGAAAUGACAAGAACUCAUUUAAAUUCAUAUUUAGACAUAUCAUUACAUGUAAAUUGGUUAUAAAUGGUAGAGCACACACUUUAUUAACUGGUGAACUUGCUGAGUCGAUCAUUUCGUGCAUGAUAAUUUGCAAAUAAAGUACCGGUGCUUGUUUUUAUAGUCAUAUAAAGCCUUGAGGGUCAUUUUCUCCUGUUUUUGAAAUGCUAACAUGUCAUUUUCAUUUUUACUGAGUAGGAAAUAAUUAUGUUAAUGAGACUUUAAAAAAUAUUAAGUCUGUGCUGACUGAUUUGUGUUUGUGUAUAACUCUGAUAUACUGUCAGGUUAUUGAGAUGCCUCUGGUUUUCUAACAAGGACUGAUGAAGUAGCUUCCAUGAAUGUACUUUAUAAAAACCUUAACUUCAAAUACUGUGGUAUAAGACUAGAUUUGUGCCUUUAGCUAGUAGUUUUUAUUUCAGAAAAUAGUUUUGCUGUCAUGGUGAUUUCUCCAUUCAUUUUCUCAAGAGAAGGUAUUGUCAGAUUGUGGCAAUUUGAGUCAAAGAAUUGAAGUUAACAAUUUGAGUGUUAUUUCAAAUUGAGUACCAUUAGCAUGAUUCUUAAAGGUACUAUCUAGUGAUAAAGCAAUAGUUCUAAAGAAGAAUUUUUGCAAAGAAUGUGUUAAAUACUUACUGUCUCUGUUAUUAAGCAACUGGCGUUAUGAUUACUUAAUUGUUUCUAGUAAAUAGCGGUGUUAGACUUCUACUUCCAUGAAAGGAUGCAACAGAAAUGCUCUUGUAAAGCCCUGCUUUUUCUUAGGAAGGGAUCCUGGCAGAUCCUUCUUCAAGUGCUUACACUCAGUUCUUUCAGUUUGUGAAAAAGCCAUGCUUUGCUCCACAAUAUCUCAACAGUAAGUGACCUCUGCUGGUUUCCUGAAAGGUUAUUUCAUGGUCCCCAGGCAUAAGCAGCUCCGUAUCCUUGCUUUUGCUCAGCUCAAGUGGAUAGUGAGUUCUUCUGUACUUCAAUACUGAGUUCAGUAUUGAAAAGUUAUAGUACAAGUAGAUCCUUGAGCCUCUCGGUGUAAGUGCAAGUGCCAAACAGUCCAGAUCUUCUUGCUGAAGUUAAUGUGUGAAUUUAUAUGACCCAUAUACCUCAUUUUUGACUCUAACCUAUGAAAUCAUUAAUACGGAAGUAACUCACAUCUCACUAGUUUUACUAAAUUUCUGGAUGAACUUCUAAGAAUUGUCUGAAUGACUUCAGUCACUUCAGUGCCUUUGAGUAUCUCACCUGCUAUGAAGAAAUCUGGUCCUUUAUUCUGAGAUAGUAUAAUGAUACACCUAAGAUCACUUGGAGAAGGAUGUUUUGUGUAACACAUCUAUGGAAUUAGCAGAACCAUUCGUGCCAAGUUGUUGAAAUUCUAUCAGUCUAUGCAUGAUUACUCAUAGUACCACUUCAGCGUUCAUAUCUGCUUUUUAACAACUGCUUUUAACUACCUGCAUUCAAAAUAGUAAACACUAGUAUGCAUCAUUUGCAACUUUUUCAUAUAUGUAUCACUCAUUGUUCUGUGAUGUAUCUGUUCAACUCAGCAGAAACAAACUGGUCUCUUCUACAAAAGCUAGACUAGCUUGAAUUUGUCUUUGGAAGACAUAGGAGGUAAAGUAACAUGUUCAGUAUUACUGAUACUUCAUAGUACAAAAAAGCAGCUCGUAGAUGCAAAAUGAAAAGAGUGAUUGAUAUAUCUUAAUUUAUCACCAGUUUAGUUUUUGUUUCAUUGCUUUUCCAUGUAAGCAAAUCCCUGAGAAGAUGUCUAUUGAUAUUAGUCAAGGUUUAUGAUAUAAUAAUCAGGG